ACCAAGUCCAGAAGAUUGUCUCAGAAGGUAGGCGGAACGCUGCUCACUGACUCCUCUUCGGAAGGAAUUCAUUUCCUCGUGGCUUCUGCCCUGUGGCUUAGCCCUCCAGACGGGAGCUAAGUUCUUACCCAGCAAAAAUGGUCUGCACGAAGAUGAAGCUGGUUUACGCUUUCAUUCUGGUGGUGGGCGCGCUCUGCUUGUACUUCAGCAUGGAGCCUUUCAAAGAACUGCCAUUUGUUCUCAAGAAAGAUCAGGGCAAGUUCCUGCGGCUUCCGGACAUAGACUGCAAGCAGAAGCCCCCUUUCCUCGUGCUGCUGGUGACUUCCUCCCACAGCCAGCUGGCGGCUCGCAUGGCCAUCCGCAAGACGUGGGGUAGAGACACAGAGGUGCGGGGGCAGCACGUGAGGACCUUCUUCCUCCUGGGGGCCUCAGACAGCACCGAGGAGAUGGAUGCCACGGCCCAGGAGAGCGAGCAGCACCGUGACAUCAUCCAGAAGGAUUUCAAGGACGUCUAUUUCAACUUGACCCUGAAGACCAUGAUGGGCAUGGAGUGGGUCCACCACUUUUGCCCGCAGGCCACCUUUGUGAUGAAAACCGAUUCAGACAUGUUUGUGAACGUUGGCUAUCUGACCGAACUGCUGCUGAAGAAGAACAAAACGUCCCGGUUCUUCACGGGCUACAUAAAGCCCAACGACCUUCCCAUCAGGCAGAGGUUCAACAAGUGGUUUGUGAGUAAGUUUGAGUACCCCUGGGACAGGUACCCACCUUUUUGCUCUGGUACCGGCUACGUCUUUUCCAGCGACGUGGCGAGCCAAGUAUACAAUGUCUCAGAGAGCGUCCCGUUCCUCAAGCUGGAGGAUGUCUUUGUGGGGAUCUGCCUGGCCAAGCUGAAGAUCCGGCCGGAGGAACUCCACACCAAACAGACCUUCUUCCCCGGUGGCUUACGCUUCUCCGUGUGCCGCUUUCAGAAAAUUGUGGCCUGCCACUUUAUGAAGCCCCAGGACCUGCUCAUUUACUGGCAGGCCCUGGAGAGCUCUCAGGAACAGGAUUGCCCUGCUGUCUGAGGGGAGCCUGCGGCCCCUGGGACAAACUUCUGAUAAUGAUAACCUUUGGUGAUGCUUUGGGAAGAUCUGGGAUGGCCUUGCUGGGAACUGUCCAGGGUAGAGAGAGAAGGCUGAGCAAGACAAAGCACUGAUCUCAACGCCCUGCAUACGCAAGAAUGGAACACACCCAGAGUAGCGGCUUGUUCCCACUUGGCACCCAGAGCAAUAACAGAUCUCAUCUUUCAGGCCUUCGCACUACGUUCUCAAUGUUUGAGACACGCCUUCAUCUGCUCAUGUCAGGGCUCAGUAUACUUAUGAAGCCAUGGAUGUGAUCAUUCCCAUUUGACAGGUUAGGAACCAGCAGCCAGGGUCACUCCCUUGUCCAAAGACUCACAGCCUGCGGACUCAGCAGGAAUGAGAAUCAAGUGCUAUCAGAACUCAGUUGGUGUCCCCCAACUGAGUGUCCCAUUCUUUGGGAGAGGGUGGUGGUGGGAGGAGUUUAGGGUGGGUGUCUUAAAGCUAACUAGCAUCCUUCUGUCCCUUUCCUGAGUCCCCUGCCCCUCACUUCCCAAUCCUUAUACUUUUUAAAUGCUAAGUCUGGGAUGAACCAGCUUUCUCAGGCCUCUCCCCUCAUUUGAAUGAUGUAGCUAGGCACUGAGUCUGUUAGCUGCUUGGUACCUAGUGCAUCUUCAAUAUGGUCCUAGGAGACAUGCAUGCCUGCAGACACUAGUUCACCUCCAUGCUGGAAGGAAACUGGGUUAUAUGACCAUAUGAAUCAGCCUGAGAAGCCAUUGCUGAGUCUUGCUGUAUAGGCUGACCACACUGCUGAAACCCCAGUGAGGGUGACAUCUCCCCUGAACCUUCUGGGGCACCUGGUCUCUGUUGUGGAUGUACUGAUGGAUUGAUGGUGAGCAGUGGCAGCCCUGGAGCACUUCAGUUCUCUAAGUUCAAGCUCAAGGGCAGCCAGGCACAGGCAUGGUCUCUAUGGGUGUCCAGGAACUUUGCUGGGACCUAGGCUGGUCCAAGCCCCUGGAAUGCAGAGCAUGGAGGUAGGGGCUCUCUCUGCAUCUGUGAUCCUUCCUGACCCCAGCUCUUCACACUGGGUUUAUCACAUGGUCACAGAUCUGCUGAGUGUUGUGGUUUGGAAUUUAACCCUGAAGGUUUCCAGAGCUGGGUAAAACCAGGGGCUCAUGGCCAUUCAGCCACUGUCUCCAGACACAUAAUCUUGCUCUGUACUGCGGGAAUUAUUGCUUCCCCCUGCUUUUUACUUUAUUAGAUCUUACUAUGUGCUUGGAGCAAAGGCUUCAUGUGACUGUGUAAUUGUAAGCGUCACAAUAUGCUCUCAUCUGAACUCAGGAAAACUUACUUAAUGGUCAGAACACUGUUAGGUUGGAGGAGGCUGGAAGCUGCCUCCAGGGUCUCGUUUCCACACUUGUUCUUGUCCCUCCUCUGAAUCUCUUCCAUAACUCUUGAGAAAAAUUCUUCUGUCUGCAGCAUUCUUCAAAAUCAUACAUCAGGUUCUGGACCCUUAGUUCAGAAUAUGUGAAAAUCUGAGCCAGGUAGAGAGAAAGGGUAAUUAUUCCUGGAUGUGUACUAGUGACUACAUACACCACUAAAACCACACCCAACCUGAUCUUCUUUUGACAGAAGGGGAAAGCCAGGGCUCCUAACAAUAUGGUGGCUUUGCUGUCUUGUGGAUGGAAGAGCUGGCAUCAGAACCCGGCACCAGCCUCUCUGCGUCAGACCUUCCCUUCAUUUAUUCAUUUGUUGGCCAUAUUUGCUCAUUGCAUUCACAUACAUCAUGAGCAAGGUCAAAGUUAGGGGUCUGCAGAGAGCAGACCCGAGUAAGCACUCAGUGCUGAGAAGACGGUCGGAAACAGGUUCUCGUGGUCACCUGUGCUCACGCUUGCUGUUGCAUUGAAGAUGGCAGGCAUCCUUUGCAGGUAGCCAUUCUUCAUUCUUACAGCCAAAUUGCUUGUCAGCAGAGGCAGCUGAGGUGACUCAGUGACUCACCCAGGGGCUGAGAUGUGGGACCCAUCAGCCUUCUCCACUGGCACAUCACGAACAUACCUUCCAUGUGCUUACUUUUCUCAGAAGCUUGGGGCUGUUGCUACCCAAGGAGUCACCAGCAUCUCCCCUUUCCCGCACACUGCCACCUCUGUCCUGGGUGUUGGCUUGAGUGUUGGUCUACUUCUUUCUGGUUCUGUCUGAUUUCUGUGAUUUGGCCCUGGGGCUAUCCGUAGAAUUCUCACAAACCUCCUGCUUAGACUAGCUUUCUCAUGAGGCCGUGUGCGUUUCGCACACGCACAAAUGACAGACCCAGGUGUCUACAUGCAGGUGCCAGGCUAGUUUUAUCACUUGGGAUGUGACGUAGUGAGCGCCUCCGAUCUUCUCUGUAGUGUGUUAGGUUGGCUUGUUCUCUUGCCUUUGCACAAUCAGCUGCACACUUGUCACCAGGCAAGUGUGUGCCAAAGGCCAGGUGUGCUCUGGUGAGGACAUGAGCUGAAGGAGUGACUCACGGUUACACACCCAGAGGGUUUCAUGAACUCCAGCCUGCAGGCAGAAGUGAAACACACACACCGCCAUGACCGAGCGAGAAUCGCUUUUACAUCACAAUUGCACCCGCGGUAACACUCUAGUGCCCACCGCUGGCCUCAGGAUGCUGGUUGGAAAGAACAAAGCCAGGAGGCUUCAGACAUCCUCUGGUUUCUCCACAGAGUCUGCGGCCUCAUGGCAGACUAAAUAAUUAACAAUCAGAAUGUAAUAUGGUGGCUGCUGGGCACUGUUUAAAAAAUAGAUGAGAUGGUGUUUACAUUUUCUCCAUCCCUUCAUGUGGAAGCAUUUGCUCUCUCACACCACAUUUUUAAAAUUAAGAAUUAAUUUUCUGUAUCCAUCGCAUUGGAACUGGCAUCUUAGCCUUUUCUAGGCUGGGUCUCUUCUGGUAGAUUGGGAUGUUUACUCCUCUCUCGGUCUGGGACUUUGACUCAGGUGUGUUGGGGAGGAGACACGUGUAGUUAUCCACAGGUCCUGAGGGGGCUUCCCAAAGGGGAUGCCUGACACCAGCCAAGCGCUGCAGGCCGUGAGGGUGCUAGCCUGAAAGUGAACACCAGUGUCCCUUCUGGCCUGGGUAACAUGGUUCAGUGGUAAGGUGCUUGCUGCCAAGUCUGGCAAAUAUAGUUCAGUCCUUGAGAUGCACACAGUGAAAGGAGGGAAUUGACUGUCACAAGCUCAUGGUGGGCCUGCACACACGUGCAUGCACAGACACAAUAAAUAAAAUGUAAACAAAACUAGUUUUGUUUUUUUUUUUUUUUUUUGGCAAAGGCUCCUUCAAACACUGACCUCCAAGGCUCUUUGCUUAUUAUUAUUUCUCAGUGGCUCUCCAUGAUGCAAACCCCUGUGUGUGAACACUGGCAGAGGUGUAUUAGAUUCCCAGUUACACCUCCAGGGUUUGCAAGGUGCUUUCAUUUGGCUGAUAAUUCGAUAGGAAAAUGUGUUGGGGGCUUGCCUCAGGUGUUGCUGGCUCCCUGUCUUUUAACCUAAUUCCCAGGAUAAGACAGAUCCUCAGAGAUGGCCUUAGAUUGUUCCUGGAGGUGAACAGGGAAACUGUCCAAGCUCAGAGUUGAGACGGGGCCUGAGAUGAAUGAGUUGGCAUGAAGCAUAAAAACAAGAGCAAAAUGUUUUAAAUCAAUUAAAAGCAGCAUUCUCUAACUACCAGGCAUAGUCAUUUUAAAUACAAGUAGAAAUAUGGAUUCUGUGGCCAAAUGUCUGUGUGUGUGUGUGUGUGUGUGUGUGUGUGUGUGUGUGUGUGUGUGUGUGUGGUAUUGCUUUGUGGUUUUGGUGCUGGGGAUGGAGCCCAUGGCUGCACACAUGCUCUCUCCAAACCCUGUUGAGUUGUUUUGCACCAUGCAUUUUACUACCUCCAUGCAGGGGGUCAUGGGACCAGCUCCCGAUGCCUGCAGCCAGUUGGAGUGCUGUGCUGGGUAGUUAUGACUGUUAACUCGACACAGCCUGGAAUCACCCUGGAAGAGAGUUUUAAUGAGAAAUAUCUCUUUAUUAUCAAUUGAUGUAGGAGGACUGAGCUCAUUGUGGGUGACCCUGUUCCCUAGGCAGGGAGGGUGUCCUAGUCAGUAUGAGAGGAGAAGGCCAGCUGAGGGCUAGCGAGGAUCAGUGUUUACCCUGUCUCUGUUGGACCACGGAUGUGCCCCACUGCUCUAAGUUCCUGCCUGGCUUCCUGCAGGAAGACACUGCAGCCUGGGAUUGUGAGCCAAAUAAUCCCUUUCUUCCCUACGUUGCUUUUUGUCAGGGUAUUUGUCACACUCACAGAAACGAAGCUAACACUGAUGCUCAGGGCCAUACCUACUCAGGGUCUCGGACCCUUCUCACUCCACCAUGCCCCUGGAUGUCAUCGCCAGUGCUAACCCUCUGUCCCAAACAGAGGGGAGCCCAGCAAGCUGUGAAGCCCCUCUCACAGAGUGGGAGAGCUGACUCAUUUCACUCGGUCACAUAAGACAAAAAAACACCCACCGUGACUGGAAGCAACCCAUCCGAAACUGAGGACACUUUGUGAUCAAGUUUGAUUUCCUAAAGGAUAAAAAAAAUUAAAUGUCUAUGUUGUUGAAUGGUGUUUGAAAUUGUCAUUUGCCUGUACAUUGAGGAGGUUCUACAGGCUGGUACUGUAUUUUGGGAGCGGGUAUAUGUAUUUAUGAUUUGUCAAUAAUGAUAUUUAUCUUUAAUAAAAGUUGAAUUAUAAGCAGCAUAAUGUAUGUGGGUGGAUCUAACUUACAACUCCUCUGAAGUUAGCAAUAUCCAUAUGGUCUAAAAUUGGGCUUUUUUUUUUUUCAUUGAUGUUUGUGUCUGGAAAGACUUUUUUUUUAAAUUUAAUUUGGCUUUGAUUUUGUAUGCUUAAGGAAAGUAUUGCUGAAGAGCCUUGCUUACUUUUGAAAUACAAGGAGACUUCUUGUUUCAAUCAUAUUUUGGAAGCAAAGCCACAGAACUUGACAGUUUGAAAGGCUUCCAGGGGCAGUCAGCCUUGGGUGAGCAGUGUGGAGCUCCUGGUAAUUAUGAAUCCAGACAGUAGGCAACCAUUCUUUGGAAUUCUUUUCUCUCUGGCAUACUUUUCUAUUGUUUAAGCUUAAGGAAUUGACUUAAGCUUAAUCCUAUGAAUUGACUGGCUGUGCCUUCGGUGUCUUUGGUAAUCAUUUGUUUUUGAGGUACAGUUCGGAUCCUUGAUCUCUCAUGUAUUAUUUAAAUGGAAAUAAAGUGGAUGAACCAGAA